AUAAUUAAAUUAAACAAAAUUUAGUUUUUACAUGUGAAAGAUAGACACUAAAAUAUUCAUCUCUCUAAAUGAGCACCUAGUCCAAAUAUUUUUCCAGUACUUUCAUUUGUCACACAUGCCUUUUCUAAGGAAAAUGAAAAUGUUGACACAGAUUCUACACAUAGUCUGAUUUUGGAUUGGCAGAUGCGGUUUAACAUAAUUCUAGGAGUAGCUCGAGGGAUGUUAUAUCUUCAUCAAGAUUCUAGAUUAAGAGUAAUUCAUAGAGAUUUGAAAAUAAGUAACAUUCUUCUGGAUGAGGACAUGCAACCAAAAAUUUCAGAUUUUGGCUUGGCAAGAAUAUUUGGAAACAAAGAAAUUGAGGCCAACACUGAGAGAAUAGUUGGAACCUAUGGAUAUAUGGCUCCAGAGUAUGCAUUAGAUGGAUUAUUUUCAGUGAAAUCAGAUAUUUUCAGCUUUGGUGUAGUGGUACUUGAAAUUAUUAGUGGAAAGAAGAACACAGGAUUCUUCAAAUCCAAACAAGUUCCUAGCCUUCUUGGUUAUGCAUGGAGGCUAUGGACAGAGAAUAAACUGUUGGAUUUAAUGGACCAGUCGUUCAUUGAAAGCUGCAAUGUGAAUCAAUUCAUUAGGUGUGCGCAAGUGAGUCUGUUGUGUGUACAAGAUGAACCAGGAGAUAGGCCUACCAUGUCGCAGGUAGUGAUAAUGCUUGAAAGUGAGACUGUAAGCCUCCCAACUCCGAAACAACCAACUUUUUUUAUGAACAGAGACAGGGGCCUUUCAAAUACUGCUUCUUCUUCUAGUAAACUUGAAGGAAUUCUACCAACCGAGUCUUCCUAUCAAGAGGGUCGAUAGUGCCUGGUGUAUUAUAUACAUAAUGGAUGCUAUUUUUAUGUUAAAACAAACUAAUUUUCAAAGCCCAAAUUAAAAAAGGGGUUUUGAACAGUAGGUUGAUGAUUCUAACCCGCAUCCCCACCUCUACUCCUCGACCUUUUUCCCCCACUAUUCCAGAAAAUUUCACCAUUUUGACUCCAAAAGGCUAUUUCCAAAACAUCUUUCUUCUAUAAUUCUCCAUAUUUAUAUUAACCGACUAAGUAAAGUUAGCGAUGAAACUACUUGACCUACCAUCCGAGGAAACAAAAAUAUAAAUAGAAAAUCAAAAUCUUGGCCUUCAUAUAUGUUCUUUGCUCUUCCAUCAUUGGAUCCUCAAAGGCAACAAUGUUGUGAGGGCAGUAAGAGGAAGUUGCAAUGGAGAAGAGACAAAGGAAGUGGGUCAUUGCCGCUGAUAGUUCUAGUUCAUCUUCGUCACUGUUAGAUCUAGAAGAAGAGGGGUCAUUGCCGGCAAUAAGGGAGCUACUGAGGAGAAGAAGAGACAAAGGAGGUGGUGGCUCGCUAUCGCCGGUGGAUCCAGUUCAUCUGUGUCUCUCACUGCUACAGAAAUGAGAUUUACUAAUAUGUAUUUUGUAGCAAUAAAAAUAAAACGCCACUACUAUUAAAUGCCACGACCUCUCUAUCAAGAUAUCAAAUUUGAUAUUAUUUUAUUUUAAUUUUAUUUAUUUUGAAUGAAUAAUUUAUAGAUAUUAUUAUUUGUAAAAAUAAGAGAGGAAACGCCACGUA